CCGUCCUGUUUCUGUUGCGUCUGAUUGCUUUGUUCAGAUGUUGACGGUGGGACUCGCAUGAUUGCCCAGGGGCAUUGCGCAACGGAGUUUCAAUUAUCAAAGGCAUAACUGAUGAGCUCGAAGUAAUUUCUUACGCAUGAGUGUUUAGCUUCAGAAGCCGGCCUGGUUUCAGUGUCAAAAAUGGCACCCGUCAAGGAGAUUCCAUUGUCGGCAGUGGUGGCCUUCGGCCCACGAUCACUAUUAGCUACUGGCACGGUUGCAGGAUCCAUCGACAGUGACUUUUCCAGCUCUUCGUCAUUGGAGGUGUUUUCCUUGAAGUUUGGAGGGAGCGAGGGCAUUACACGGGCUGGAAAAUCUGUCGCCGCCACCGACGGCUUUCAUCAGCUUGCUUGGAGUACAUACAAGCCAGAAGGGUUUCCAGAUGGAAUCUUGGCGGGUGCCUUGGCAGAUGGCAGCGUUGCCCUUUGGGACCCAGCAAAGAUUGUGCAGGGGCAUGGGGAUGCCAGCCUCAUAAAGCAGCUGACAAAGCACAAAGGAGCGGUGAGAGCGGUGCAAUUCAACCCGACCGCGGUGCACCUUUUGGCCUCUGGAGGAGCCGAUGGGCAGGUUAUUAUUUGGGACUUGACCAAUCCAGCCAAUCCCGUUGAGUACACUGCACUCGAUGCGAGCGCGACCCCGGGGGGUUUGCCGGGGGUGACCAAUCUUUCAUGGAACCAUAAGACCCCCACGAUCCUAGCCACCUGCUGUGAGACGGGCGUAGUCCAUGUGUAUGACCUCAAGAAGCGCAAAAUCGUCUUGCAUCUGACGGACAACCAAGGGCGCAUGAAACGGUGCUCAGCAGUGGCAUGGAACCCGGCCAGUAUGACGCAGCUGGUCGUGGCGUGCGAGGACGACCUGUCGCCUCUGCUGCAGGUCUGGGACCGGCGCGACAAGACCAUGGCGCCCGUGUGCGAGCUGCUCGGCCACGCAAAGGGUGUCUUGGCUGCGAGCUGGUGCGUGCAAGACCCGGCGCUGCUGCUGUCCGCCGGCAAGGACGGCCGAGUCAUCCUGUGGGAUAUGUCCCCAGAAGAGAACGGGCGGCUGCUGGGAGAGUUUAGUUCCGGCGGCGCGUUCGGCAAAUACAUGCACAACGUGGCCUGGUCCCCGAGCAACCCGGGGGUCUUUGUUACUGCGUCGCUUGGCGCUGGCGAGAACCAUGACGGCUCGGUGCGCAUUCACACGCUGGCAGCCUUCACGGAGCCACAGCUCCAGCAGCAGUACUCAGAUGACGGCUUCUCUGGCUCUGCCGCCUCCUCAGGAGCGGCGCCGCCGCUGGCUAGGGUGCCGGCAUGGCUGAAGCGGCCGGCGGCGGCCACCUUCGGCUUUGGUGGCAGGCUAGUGUCGAUAACCAACACCAAGCGUCAGGACGGGUCCUUUGCAGGCUGCUCCCUGACCCUCACCCAGGUGAUCACUGAUGGCAAUCUGGCCGAGCGCGCGGACGCCUUCGAGCCGGCCAUUGAGCAGGGCAAGCACAGAGAGUGGAGCGCCCUCGCAAACUUCUGCUCUGCCAAGGCUGCCUCAGGACCUGCGGAGGAUGCUGAGGUCUGGGCCUUCAUGGAGGUCCAGUUCCACGAAGACCCCAAGAGGCAGCUAUUGGCGCACCUGGGCUUCGAGGACGUGCUGCCUCAGGCGGAGGGUGCAGCCGAGGCCGAAGCGGCGCUGGCGGCGGCCGCCGAGAGCCUGCAGCUGACAUCGCCGCGCGACGGCGCCGCAGGGACCUCCCCACCGCGCAAUGGGGUGGCGGACGCUAACGGGGACGCUGCCUUUCUGGGCAAUGAAGACGCCGGUGAGUCGUUCUUUGAGAACCUGCCGGAAGUGGAGACAGCAUCGCCGCAGCAGCCGUCGCGCACAAACAGCGCGCUGAGCCCGCGGCCGGCCACAGCGGGCGAGGACCACGGCGAGGCCGGUGAAAGCGAGGCAGAAAUCCAACGCGCUCUGUUCGUGUCCAAUUACGCCGCCGCGCUCGACAUCUGCCUGCAGGCUGAUCGCAUGGCGGACGCGCUGCUGAUAGCCUCGAUCGGCGGGGGAGACUUAUGGGCUCGUGCCCAGAAGGAAUACAUCCGCCGCGCGCCGCGCCCAUACAUGAAAAUCGUGUCAGCCAUCAUGGACCACGACCUGGCAGGGCUGGUGAAGUCCCGGCCGCUGGACAAGUGGCGCGAGACACUGGCGAUGCUGGCGGCCUACAGCGAGACCGGCGAGUUCCCCGAGCUGUGCGACAUGCUCGCGCGCCGCCUCGCUGGGGCCGGCCUGGCGCAGGCAUGCCCCCUGCUGCACCUCUGCAUUCACACCCUUUUCCUUGGAUUCUCCGGGUGGUAUAAAGCUGCCACGCUGACCUGGAUCUGCGCCUCCAAUGUGGACAAGGCGGUGCGCCAGUGGACGGCUGACCUGCGCAAGGGGCCCAAGGAUACCGGCGUGGAGGAGCUGCAGAGCUUGAUGGAGCGUGCGAUGGUGCUGUUCUAUAGCACCGGUCAGGGAGAGGGGCAAGGCGCGCCCCCUGCGCUGGCCAGCCUGAUCAAGGAGUAUGCCUCCCUGGUGGCCUCCCAGGGUCGCAUGAAAGCUGCGUUGGAGUACCUGGCCCUGAUCAAGGCCGAGCCGACACCGGACGUGGCGGAGCUGCGAGACCGCAUCUACAGGUCCCUGGAUCCUGACACCGCCAAAGAGUUCCCCCAGCCGCACUUCCCUUUCAUCGGUGAGGACGUCCCAGUGUCUGUUGCAGCCCCCGCCGCCGCCGCGCCCGCCGCGCAUGCCCCAUAUCAAGCUGCUGCGCCGCCGUCCACGGACUUCUAUGCGCGCAACACGUACACGGUGGCCGGCAGCUACAAGGCGCCACAGGCGGCUGCUGCGUAUGACAAUAGCGGCGGCUACGGGCAGACUGCACCCAGCUACAACAGCCAGCAGACCGGCUACAGCACAGGCUACGACAGCAGCUUUGCGAGCUACAGCGCUCCUGCUCCUCAGCAGCAGCAGGCAUCAUACCAGACGCCCGUGCAGCCGCCGCCGCCGCAAUUUGCACCGCAGUCGCGCGCAUCCAUGCAGCCCGGCACGGGCAGCUACGCUGCCCAGGCGUCCAACUUUGGCGCACCGGCGCCUGCACCCUCCUACAACCAGGCCCCCACGCAGCCGCAGCAAGCCUGGAAGCCACAGGCGAUGCCGGUGGCGGCCCCUCAACCAAUCAAUCCUCCGCAGGCCACACCUGCCUGGAAGCCACAGGCGCAGCCGCAUCCGCCGGCGCAGCCGGCUCCUGCGUGGACGCAGCAGGUGCAGCAGCAGCCACCGCAUCAGCCGCAGCCGGUGCAGCCGACAGCUGCCUGGAAGCCGCAGGCGCAGCCGCAGCCGCCGCAGCAGCCGCAGCCGGCCUGGCAGCCGAGCGCGCAGCAGGGCGACUACGGGCAGCCCAACCCCAACGUGUUCCGCCCCUCCGGCGCCAGCAACCUCGCCCCCGUCAACACCCACCAGGCUGCGCCGCCGGCAUUCGUGCCGCAUCGGUCCCCGGUUCCGACCCCCACGGCCGGCUACGGCGCGCCCGCACCGUUCGGCGGCUCCGGGCCGGCCACGCCGCCGCAGCCGGCACAGCCGCCGCCGCCACCUGCACCCACGGGGCCGCCGCCCAACGUGCACAUGGACACUGUUGACACAUCAAAGGUGUCCGGGGAGAUGCAGCCGGUGGUGGCAGCGCUGCGGCAGCUGGUGAGGGAGUGCAAUCCGGUGAUGGCCGCCAAAGCGCGCGAGGACUCCGACAACAAGAAGCGCAUCGGAAUGCUCUUCUGGCGCCUCAACGCCGGCGAUGUCUCCCCGGGGGUGCAGGCCAAACUGCAGCAGCUCGCUGCUGCUCUGGCCGCCAGGGACUUUGGCCAAGCAAACAGCAUCCAGACGGCGUUGACAACCACGGACUGGGAUGAGUGCGACAAGUGGCUGACGGCCCUCAGGAGGCUCUUAAAGGUUCACGCCACGCUGCACUGA